AAAAAAGAUAACCCAAUCAAGAUUUAAUCCAUAAGAUGACAAAAACCCUCAAAUAUAAAAUGCCUUCCCAUCCCCUUGCAAACGUUUCAAACUCUUUCCUCUCUCAUCUCAUCUUUAACUAUCCUGUCCAAAACAAAUGACAAAAACUAAAACACACUAAUCUUUUGCUAUUAUACAUAUAAACCUGAACUUGUCCAAAAAAUCCUUGCAAGAAACAAAAAAAAAGAUGGUUGGAAAAAACAACUCAAGCCUUCCACCCGGUUUUAGAUUUCACCCAACCGAUGAGGAAUUAAUAAUGUAUUAUCUCCGAUACCAAGCCACAUCGAGGCCAUGCCCGUUUUCUAUCAUACCCGAAGUCGAUAUCUAUAAGUUCGACCCGUGGGAGUUGCCCGACAAGGCUGAAUUCGGAGAGAGCGAAUGGUAUUUUUUCACUCCUCGAGACAGAAAGUACCCAAACGGCGUGCGCCCUAAUAGGGCGGCUGUCUCGGGUUAUUGGAAAGCCACGGGCACGGAUAAAUCCAUAUAUAGUGUCUCUAAGUAUGUGGGAAUCAAGAAAGCCCUCGUUUUUUACAAGGGUCGGCCGCCAAAGGGCAUCAAGACUGAUUGGAUUAUGCACGAAUAUCGAAUGAGUGAAUCAAGGUCACAAUCUUACAAGCAAAGUGGCUCCAUGAGGUUGGAUGAUUGGGUGCUUUGUAGAAUCUACAAGAAGAAGAAUUUGGCAAGAGCUAGUGAUGAUGGAAGAAUACAAGUUGAAGACACACUUAAGGCUCAAAUUGUGAAAACAAGUGAUCAAAUUGCAUUAAUUGAACCACCACAAUGUAACAAAUCCUUUCCAAGAAUAUCUUCCCUAACUCAUCUAUGGGAAUUCGACUAUAUGGGCUCCAUCUCGAAUCUCCUUAACGACGCCUCUUACAACAACAACAACAAUGCACCUUUUGACAAUCAAGAAACAGUCACUGAAAACAACGGGACAAUUAACUUUUCGCGGGCCGGGGAUAAUAAGAACCAAUUAGGGCAGCCUUCUAUGAAGUCCCAAGUGGAUCAAGAGCAAGGAUUUGUUAGUCCAAUGUAUGAAAUGCAGUGAGAAUUAGUGAAGGCUUAUUAAAAAAAAAAAAAAAAAUUGUCAAUUGUCAAAUUGAAGAAAAUGUCUAGACUUUAUCUGGUAACUUGUAGCAUAAUGUUUAUGGAAAAGUUUAAUCCUUAUCCUAUAAUUAAUUAUGCAUAUUUGUAUUUUCCUAGUUUAGAAGGGUUUGUGAUCGAUUAUUGAUUGAUGCUACAAAAGCAGUUUGUAAAAAUUUGUUGUGUGGGGCUCUUCAAGUGAUAAUGAAUCAAAUCAAAUUAGAUACUUUUAA